AAUCCCCAGCGCAAGGGCUUGUGGGCCAUGUGUCUGCCAUAGUCGCGGUGCAUUGUGGGAAGGUUGUGGUCCUCCAGCGGCUCGGUUCGGAAUAAUGUCUGCCUCGGAGGAAGCGGACGGUUCUUCCCCGGGAUUGUGCCCGAGCUUUGCCGUGAUCUGCUCGUUUCUGGAGCGGUACGGAGCUCUGCUGGACCUGCCGGAGGUGUCGUUCCCGGAGCUGGAGCGCAGCCUGCAGGACAGCAGCGCGGUACCCAAACUUCUUGUGGACCUUCACGUGAAGUUACUGAGGAAAAUUGGCAAGUCUGUGUCUGCAGAGAGAUGGGAGAAAUAUCUCAUUAAGAUUUGUCAGGAGUUUAACACCACAUGGGCAUGGGAGUUGGAAAAGAAAGGUUAUCAAGAGUUGACAGUGGAGUGUAAGACAGGAAUAUUGAAGUAUUUGUGUGAAUGCCAGUUUGAUGACAAUGUCAAGUUUAAAAAUGCUAUCAAUGAAGAAGACCCGGAUAAAAUGCGACUUCAGCCUAUUGGCCGAGACAAAGACGGCCUCAUGUACUGGUUCCAGCUGGACCAAGACCAUAAUGUAAGGAUCUAUGUGGAAGAGCAGGAUGAUUUGGAUGGGUCGUCCUGGAAAUGUAUAGUAAGAAAUAGAGAUGACCUGGCUCAGAUUCUUGGGUUGUUGAAGACUCAGAUUGAUCCAGCACUCCUGGUGAAGAAGGAACAGGAGGAGGGCUCGUCUAAUAACAGUCCAAAUCCCGAUGAUGAGGAGAACAAAAAGAAAGAGGGAGCUGAAGUGGAGAAGUCACAAGAUGAUUUGUCCAAAUCUGAAAAUAAGGAAAACAUAUUAGAGAAAGAAAAUAAAAAGGAAGAAGGUGCAGAUGCCACAGAUGCUUUGUCGGAAAAGGGUUUAAAGGUAAAAGAGGAGCUGCAGAAACAUUCAGAGACGGCAAACGGAUCUGACGUUAUUGCUGGAUCAAUCAAAGAAGAACCACAGGAUGAUGAGAAAGUCUUUUCCGCACCUUCAAAGAAAGCAGAACAGACAGAGGAGGUGAAGAGAAAAACACUAGAAGAGACCCAAAGAGCACUGAAAAAUGACCAUCAAGCUAAAAUCCCCCUGAAGAAGCGAGAGAUGAAGCUAAGUGAAGACUUUGACAGCAACAGCGCAGGACUUCGAAAUGCUCCAGUAAAAGAGUCAAGGACGUGUUUCGAUGAUAGCAUGUCGAGUGCUGAAAAGAUCAAUGGCCAUGUUCCUCACCUUCAGAAAGAAGCAACAGAUUCAGAAAGUCUCUCUCAUUUUGAAUCCAAUGAAAAAACAAAAGACGCCCAGGUGGAUAGAAAGAUGGACCCGAAUGAAACCAGAUUUCCUUCUGAAGAGAAGAUGGAAGUAGAGAAACCUAAGGAGAAAAAUGAAGCUUCAACUAAACAGCACAAAACAACUCCUGGGGAAGAAAAACCAAGUGAACUAUCAGAAAAGACACCUGAUUCUGAAGUAGUAACUGAGAAUAUGGAAACUAUUGAAGAUAUUAAGACAACACCAUGUGACGACACAGCAAAUGAACUGCCUAAAGAGAAAUCAAUUAAAGAUAUUCCAAACAAAGAAUCAAAAGAAGAUUCAUUGAAAGAUGCACAAAGCAAAGAAUCAAAGGGAGAGUCAUUGAAAGGAAGCAAAGAAUCAAAAGGAGAAUCAUUAUUAAAAGAUGCCCCAAGCAAAGAAUCAAAAGAAGAAUCAUUGAAAGAUGCGCCGAGCAAAGAGUCAAAAGAAUCAUCAUCAAAAGGUGCCCCAAGCAAAGAAUCAAAAGGAGAAUUAUUUAAGGAAAGCAAAGAGUCGAAAAAAGAAUCAUUAAAAGAUACCCCAAGUAAAGAAUCAAUAGGAGAAUCAUUGAGAGAUACCCAAAGCAAAGAGUCAAAAGAAUCAUCAUCAAAAGAUGCCCCACGCAAAGAAUCAAAAGGAGAAUCAUUGAAGGAUGCCCCAAGCAAAGAGUCAAAAGAAGACUCAAUGAAAGAUACCCCAAGCAAAGAAUCAAAUGAAUCAUUAUUGAAGGAAAGCAAAGAGUCAAAAGAAGAAUCAUUGAAAGAUAACCCAAGUAAAGAAUCAAAAGAAGAAAUAUUGAAAGAUACCCCAAGCAAAGAAUCAAAACAAGAAUCAUUGAAAGAUACCCCAAGCAAAGAAUCAAAGGGAGAAUCGUUGAAAGAUGCCCCAAGCAAAGAAUCAAAAGAAUCAUUAUUGAAGGAAAGUAAAGAGUCAAAAGAAGAAUCGUUGAAAGAUCCCCCAGGCAAGGAGUCAGCAAAAUCAAAAGAUGACAAAACUAAAGCUCUUUCAAAAAAGGAAUCAUUGGAAGAUAUCUCAAAUGAAAAGUCAGCAAAAUCUCUCAAAGAUGAUGCAACAAAAGAUCCAUCAAAAAAAGAAUCAUUGCAAGAUAUCUCAAACGAGUCAACAAAAUCUGUAUCAAAAGACGACGCAGCACAAGAUCACUUUAACAAAGAAUCAUCAAAAGAUCUCGCAAGCGAAGAGUCGGGGAAAGAUCAGCCGGCAAAAGAUCUUUCGAAUGAAGAGUCUAUAAAAAAUCCUCCAAAUCAAAAACCAAGCAAAGAUCUUGCAAAAAAAGAGUCACAAAAGGUUAUCCCAGAAAGCGAAUCACAAAAAGUUGUUUCAGAGAAAGAUUUGCAGAAGGGCAUCCCAGAAAAAGGGUCACAGAAGAGUAACCCGGAAAAAGAGUCGCAGAAGAGUAACCCGGAAAAAGAGUCGCAGAAGAGUAACCCGGAAAAAGAGUCGCAGAAGAGUAACCCGGAAAAAGAGUCGCAGAAGAGUAACCCGGAAAAAGAGUCGCAGAAGAGUAACCCGGAAAAAGAGUCGCAGAAGAGUAACCCGGAAAAAGAGUCGCAGAAUGUUCUCCCAAGUCAGAAAUCUCCUAAUAAAGACCAAGAACAAGCAAUGGAAACCGAAUCAUUCCAGUCAUCAAAAUCAGUAGAGACCCGUGAAAUAAUCAAACCUCAUUCUGACACAGAAAAGCCAGAGAAUGCUGAAAAAACUAAGCUUCAUGAAAGCAACACAGAAAAAGAGUCAACUCAAAAACCAUGCAUCUCUGAAGGAGACAAACUCUUAACCAGGGGAGAGUCUAUUGGUUCUAAACCCUGUGAAGAUACGGAUAACCCUCAAGACAAAAAACAAGAGAAGUCUGGCUCCUCCAAAUCGAGAACAGAUACUAAUAAAUCAUCUGUUUCUGAUUCAAAAAAGUCAGAAACCAGAAAGAAAGUAGAUGCUGAGGACAAAUGUGAUGCAGCUGAAACGGCUAAAAGUGACAAAUCAGAAAUAGCAGAAGACAAAGAUAAAAAGAGUGAAAGUACAAAAACAUCAGAUGAAGUUAAAGCUCCAGAAAAGCCCAAUAAAUCAGAUAAAGAACAUGAAAAGCAACCAAAUCCAAUGGAAACUGAUUCAGAGAUCCCUAAAACUGCUGAGGAGACAACAAAAGAAAGCGUGAAGGAAGCCAAUGCUACUGUAGAUAACUGCACCAGCAAACAAUCAGAGCGAGACGCGACUUCUGAAGAACGCGAGGCUUCCGGUGUUGUUCAAGAAAAGGGGAAAGGCAUUAAAAAACCAGGACGGCCUUCAAAGAAAUCUACUGAGAGUCAAAAUAAGGAUAAAACUGUAGAAGAGGAAAAAGAUGAUGGAAAGCGACGGGGAAGAACCCCUCUGAAGUUGAAGAAACCAGCUCACAGGAGAAAGGCAGAGAUUCAGAGAGAAGAGCUGAAGGGAGAUUCGGAGUCUGAGACGACUGAUGGACGGUGUUUGAGAAGGUCUCCCAGAAUCUGCAGACCAACCGCUAAAGCAGUGGAGAUCCAGGAUAAGAGGGCGGAGCGGAAACAGGCCACGCCAGAGAAGGAGAAGGAGGAAGAAGAAGAAGAAGAGGAGGAGGAGCCUGUACAGAGGAAACCGAGGAAAGCAGAGCCAGAUGGACAGACAAAACCAAAGCAGGUGGGGAGACGUCGAAAACGACAACCGUGGUCUCGCAUGAGGCGUAAAAAGAAAUCUUCGGAGGAUGAGGAAGAUGAAGAGGAGAGCGAUAGCGAAGAAGAGGAGACAGAGGAGGAUGACAGCGAUGAAGACUACAAGGUGGAGAAAAGCAAGAAGAGAAGGAGAAACCGAAACCGCGAACGGCGCAGCUCUGACUCCUCCACCUCUUCAUCAGAAGACGAUACACCCAAUGACGACCCCUGCAAACACUGUGGCCUUCCCAAUCAUCCCGAACUGAUCCUGCUGUGUGAUUCCUGUGACAGCGGCUACCACACCGCCUGCCUGCGUCCUCCGCUCAUGAUCAUUCCAGACGGAGAGUGGUUCUGUCCUCCCUGCCAGCACAAGCUACUUUGCGACAGACUGGAAGAGCAGCUGCUGAAUUUGGAUGCCGCCCUCAAAAAGAAAGAACGAGCAGAGCGAAGGAAAGAGCGACUGGUGUAUGUUGGCAUUAGUGUGGAGAACAUCAUCACGCCCUCUGUUGAAGUGGAGGAAGAAAAGGAAGAGGUUUUGGUUAAGGAUAAAGCGGAGACGAAGAAGAGCAAAGGCUGGGGACGGAGAUCAACCAGAGCCAAGAAAUACAUAAGCUACAGAUUCGAUGAGUUUGAUGAAGCGAUCGAAGAGGCGAUUGAGGAGGACAUUAAAGAGGCAGAAGGUGGAGGAGCAGGACGAGGGAAGGACAUGGCGAACAUCACAGGCCACAGAGGGAAGGACAUGUCCACCAUCCUGCAGGAGGAAGGCAAAGAGAACGGCCGACCACAAAGAACUAGCGCAGCGCAGAAGAAGAAACGGCGGCGUCUCAAUGAUCUGGACAGCGACAGCACUGUAGAUGAGGAGGAGAGCGAAGAUGAGUUUCGCCUCAGCGACAGCAGUUCUGAGGAGGAGUUUGUGGCGUCUGAAAACGCUGAAAGUGAAGACAAUGCGCCAUCCUUAGAGGACAGCGACUUUGACAGUGAUGCUCAAGGUUCACGAGUGAAUCGUGCGAACAGAAGGAAAACGAGCCGGAGUCGAAUCCGGAGAAAACAACCUCCGCGCAGGAGACGCAGACCCAGAGGAUACUCUGAUGAAGAGGAGCUGGAGACUGAUGAAGAGGAGGAGGAAGAGGACGAGAUGGUGACGGAGGGCUCUAGUGAGUUCAGUGACAGUGAUCUGGACGUCCGCUGUCGACGCUCGUAUCGCAGCCGAAAGCAGGAGGUGAAUUACUGUGAAACUUCAGAUUCAGACGGCUCGCAAGCCAGCACCAACAAAGACAAGAAAAAGAAGCGCAGACGACUGUCCAGCUCUGACAGCGAAGCCAGUUUCCAGUCAGCGGAAUCGGAAGAAGAAGAGCGAAAACCCAAGAAGAUCAGAGCCGACUCGUCUGAGGAGGAGGAAUCCAGGAAGCGACGCAGACGUUUAUCCCUAAAGCGCCGACGGGAGUCAGAGGACGAUGACGAUGAUGAUGAUUCAGAUGAAUCCGAGGAAGAGGAGCGUCCUGUCCGGAAGCGAGUAAACCGAAUCGACUCUGACGAAAGUGAGAGCGAAGAAGAGGAGAAGGAGGUGAAGAAGAGUCCGCAGGAGAAAGACACAGAAGAGACGAGCGCUAGUAAAGGUCCCAGUCCAAUAAACGACAACACAGCGGAGCCUCCUUCUACUAAUGGACAGAGCCCUAUAAAGGGUCUGGAGGGCGUCGCGCCACGGCCGGGAGCAGGAGCAACGCCUAAAAAUGGCAACACACCAUCCAUAGCACCCAAUGGCCUGGAAGCCGGCGCACAGGAAGAAGACGAAGACGAUCUUUUGGGCGUCACAGACCUCGUAGACUAUGUCUGCAACAGCGAACAGUUAUAACCUGGCAUUCAUCUUCAUCUUUUUGUAGACCCUCACCACAGAUCUCAUCAACAGUCCCUGUUAUAAAUGUGCCAGCGGAACAGAUUGUCCACGACACGUUAAUAAUAAUAAUAAUAAUAGCUGUAAAUAUUUUACCGAACAAACAGUAUCAAGAGAAGGAGACGGCAAUCCUUUCCCUGAGAUGUUUCUUCUCAAACGAAACUCCUCUCUGGAAGCAAAACCUCAAAAACCUCUUUCUUUUUUUACACUAAUCACUCAGCCAUCUGACAUCGGUCAUGUGUUUCGAUCUCCACUGCUGUCUGUCGCACAUUUCAGAGAAAAAUGUGGAAGUGGGCGGAGUCUGUGCGAAAGGGGGAGGAGCCUGAGGUGAUGCGCUAUUCCACUCCGAGGCCAUUUUUUUAAACAUUCGUCUUUUUUAUAAUCAACAUACGAGCGGAAGUUAAAUUUCUAGUGUCAUUUUGCUGGGGAAUUGUUUUUAUUACGUGAUGUCAUUAUAAGCUUUGUUUUGUUACACUAUUUAUUACAGAAUUGUAAUUUGUACCGGAAAUUAUCGCUUUUGGUCGCUCGCACCGUUAAGAGCUGACGGUUCCUGGAAGUUUGUCUAAUGGUGAUAAAUUCUGCUCUUUUUUUUUUUCUUAUGCCAACUUAUUAAUAUUCAAUUUCAGCACCAUGUGAAGUCAAACACUAUUUACGCUGGCAGCUUUUCAAUGCGUCAAAUGCCAAAUCUUCCACUUGAGGAUACAACUGAGGACUCUCCCACGCCGUUGUGCAGUUUGUUUCUCUGUUCAUCUCAGAUUUUUCCAUCUAAGGGAUUGUCUUUUUGCCCAUCGUAUCUGUGUUACAGUGUACUAUAUUCGUUUUCUUUAUAUAAAUAUAUGAAUAUAAUCAUUGUAUUGUUUUGUUUUUCUCCACAUGCUGAUUAUGUAUUUUCAUAAAUUACAAAGCAAUACAUUUUUCUUACAAGACAUGCAGGAAGAAAUUCUUCAUCUCCUGGUUUCCUCUAUUUUUAAAGGUGAUACUGAAUAAUUUCCGACCCUUCCGAGAGCUUCAAGAUGCGCCCGUCUCACAGACAUGGUAUAAUCUUGCAUUUAUCCUGGUGUGUAUAUCUGUAGUUUUUUUGCUGUAACAUAUUAGAAGCAUUUUAAAGUUAUACAUAGCAGUCCUUUUUAUGAUUGCAGCUGUUUAUAAUUUGUUUUAUAGGUACAUUUGUACCACUCCAAAGUGGGCACUUCUAUCUCAUUUUCAUAGAUUUUGCUUUUUCUUUAAGGUUUUUCCGUCACUCUGUCCUAUUUCCACUGAUAGCUAAAACAUUUCCAAGAAUGAUCUGCUCUCCAAAAGGAAAUACAUUUAAUAUAAAGGCCGACGACAGAUUUAAUUGUUUUGGUGUCAGAAUUGAUCAACAAAAGCUGUGUAAAAAUGUCUUGUACAUUAAUGUCUAUGCUUGGCAUGCACAUAUCUUCUAGUCUGACUUCUUUGCUCUUGCAGAUUUGCAGAAUGAAUCUUCCCUGUUUUUUUUCUCCUUCAAAAUGAGAUGUAGAGCAUCAUUAGGUACAAAACCACAACACAUUUCCCCUGAGGUGACCCUUCAACUGUAUUGGGCCAAUAUUCAGCACUCUAGCUUAAAAAUCAAAGGUACAGACAUUGAUUUGAAAUUGAAGCCCAGCAUAAAAUGACAGUAUAUAUUUGUAUUUGACAUUUUUUUUUAAAAAUGUCUCCGCUUAAUUUGAUAUUAUGAAUGCCGAGACCAGUGUUUGAAGAUGCCUGAUGUAGUUUGACAGCAGAUGGACAGAUGCCGUCUGGUUUUAGCAUUUAGUAACGUCCUUUGUGUUUGUCUGUUCCUCUUUUUUGAUGUUUUUGUUAACUGUACUGUAAUUUCUUUAAUAUGAUUUACUAUCUUGUACAUUUGUCAUAAUAAAAACGAAAUGAAACUUG